AUGGCGCCUUCAAGGCCAUUGAAACGCCAAAAGACGAACCCUUCAAAGCCGCCAGCGUCACUAUCAGAUCAAAAAGAGCCCGCCAACAUUCCUCUUCCACCAGAGACUUCCCCGAGCCCGACUACAACGGUACCCGCAGCAUAUCCAGAGGAGGGGAAGACAUCAUCAUGGAUCAGUCGCACUUGGCCUCGCAAAGCACGACCAGUCGCCCAAGUUGCGCGUGAAAGUGUGCCUUCAACCUCUAACACUGCCCAAGAAGUCGUUUCAAUUGUCAAGGACAAGGCCAGGUCGCUGAGAUCACCAUCUUUGGCCAUGACCCUCGGAAAGACUUCCUCCAAUCGAUCCCUACCAGUCGACGCCACCACUACAGCUGUGAAUGCUACUGCAGAGGCAACUACCAACCCUAUUGCAGAAGCUACGGUUAAAAACGACAAGAGGAAUGCUUCAUUAGAACCCAGUGAUAAGACUGUCCCAAACAGCAGGAUAGACAAGAUCACGCAGGAAGACGAUGGUAAACCCGAGAAAGCAGCCUCGAACAACGUCCCUGUCCAGCAAAACAUUCCAGGACAACAGCAGAACUCCCAAGGAACAUGGUUGAGCUGGUUAGCGAGGAGAGACGACUCUACGAUGAGAUCAACAGAUGUACAGCAGCCGCCCACCUCGGACAUGGAAAGUGGAAAUACGCAGAUUCCACCCACUGAGGCUGAUACAACAACGACCUCCCCGACGACGACAACAGAACCGCAAGAGCUUCCUGAAAAUUCCAGGAACAAGAGAAGCUGGUACCAGAUGUGGGGUGGGGAUGCGUCAGCUAGACCUCAGAAGGCAGCGUCUUCUUCCGUGGAAACAAACACGGCGGGGGCAGACACACCUCUUCAAACCAACAACCUUGAUAUACCCGCUCCCCAAACUCCCAAGACUACAUCUGCGUCCCAAACUUCGUCCCUCGAAACUUCACCGCCGCCUCAACUAUCUGGAGAUGGCUCUAAAUCGGCCGGUUGGGUAUUUUGGUCUCGAGACAGGAAAUUGCAACCGUCGGCGACGCUCGAGAAUGACCCUCAUGUUGGUGAGAUUGCUAUUUCCGGCACCCCUUCACAAGCAAGGCCAAAACGCGCUUCGAUUAGUCUGCAAGAAGAUGCUUCGAGGCCGGUGGUGAAACCACCGCAACCUCAGGACAUAUCAAAGCAAGUCGAAGCUGAGAAAAAUGCAACGGGUAAGUCAAGUACCGCAGAACAAGUUUCGGCCCCGAAAUCCGAGAAGAAGACCUCGACGAAGAAAGAAGGCAAGUCCACGAAGGCGGAAUCGUCUAAUGCCACGGCAAUCGCCAGAGAGCCGGUUGAAGCCGGAACACCAAGGCAACAGUCACCGGCACCAUCAAAGAAAGAAGCGCCUAAUCUCUUGCUCCCUGCUAUCAGUGACACGUUGAGCUCCGAAGAGCAUCCUUCUAUAUUGCAGCAGCUUGCAAGAUUGCUUUACUAUACCAAAGGCCCCGACAUGAAGCACCUUUCGCUCAUCAAAGACCCGCCAAAGAUAAAGAACGCACUUGCUAUUGGCGUGCAUGGUUACUUUCCAGCCCCUCUGAUCCGUACCGUGCUAGGUCAGCCCACGGGAACUUCGAUCAAGUUUGCAGACAUGGCCGCUAAGUGCAUCAGGAAAUGGACGCGAAGUCACGGAUACGAGUGCGAGGUCAAAAGUGCGGCGCUUGAAGGUGAAGGCAGGAUCACUGAGCGAGUCGAGCUUCUGUGGAAAUUGCUUCUCAACUGGAUCGACGAAAUCCGCAAGUCAGACUUCGUCAUGAUCGCUUGCCACAGCCAAGGGGUUCCGGUGGCCAUUAUGCUUGUCGCGAAACUGAUCCAAUUUGGUUGUAUCAGCGGAGCUCGAGUUGGUAUUUGUGCGAUGGCGGGAGUCAACAUGGGUCCAUUCCAAGAAUACAAGUCUCGUUGGAUUAGUGGUUCUGCUGGCGAGUUGUUUGAAUUUUCUGACCCCAACAGCAGUGUAUCCAGGAGUUAUCUUGAGGCAAUGGAGGUGAUACUGAGAUUUGGAGUCCGUCUCACCUUCAUCGGGAGUAUCGAUGAUCAACUGGUGUCUAUGGAGUCAUCGAUUUUCGCACCUCUGACCCAUCCUCAUAUAUACAGGGCUGUUUUCAUCGACUCACGUGUUCAUGCACCAAACUUUCUGUCACAUCUCGUUGGCUUCGCCCUGAAAUUACGCAAUGUUGGUGUUCCAGAUCAUGGCCUUAUCCGGGAACUCUCUUCACCAUUAGCUGGAAGCUUGUACGGCGGUGAAGGUCACUCUCGAAUUUAUGAGGACGAUGCUGUCUAUGACAUUGCAAUUUCAUUCGCCCUGGAGACAAAUGCUCUGAAAGACGUGCCGAUAUCAAAACGCCAAACGAGUGCAACUGGUGCGAAUCCUUACAUUCUCCCAUUCGCCAUGCGUGGCAUCCUGGAGGAAGAUUACGUCAAGACGGAGUUACAAAACGAAGCGAGAGAACUUCUGGCUCAAUUUGACGACUGGAAGCCGACCACGAAAGCACUGAAGGAUGUCAAGUUCAGGCUCGAAGGGAUUAGGUCGAGACUCUGA